AUGGAUGCGCAGAAUGCUGCCCAGUCCGACCAGACGAGGCCUGCUGGCGACUCCCCUCAUCAGCGGCCUGACUCGAAACCCGAAAUCUCAAAGUCAACACCGCCGCCAGUAAGCCCCAAGCCUUCUGAGCCUAUUGACAAGGAUAAAGAUAAGGAUAAAGAUUCCCGUCGAAACGCGAAUUCUUCCUCUGCAGUUGAUCAAGAUGCUUCUGAAGACCGCGAUUCUGACGCAGAAACCAUCGUUUUGCCGGGCAAGGAUGGCCACUCCCCGUCAAAGGCUCGGAAGGUGAGGCAAGAGGACAGGAGUGACGGUGACGGCGAUGGUGAUAAUUCCAAGUCCUCUAUCAAAGCUGCAGGCUAUCGCCCCCCAGAACUUGAAAAGCAGGCAUCAUCUAUUCAUGCCCGCGGCGACCCUGUGAAAACCAAGCGCACGCCGGCUCACCCCGAACGCGAGAGGCUGGCACGGGGUAAAGACGCCGCUGCUUCCAGUGGCUUGAGCUCUGCGCCUGCGUCACCGCCCCAUCAUCGGCCACAACAGCGUCGACGUUUUGCCGAGGAUAUACAGUCCUCUUCAGACUCUGAACCUUCUCAUUCCCGACCUGCCAAGUCACUCCGUGAAAAACUCAAACCAAGCGAGAAUUCUGUGCCUAACAAGCGGAAAAGUCUCAAAGUUGAGUCUGAUGACGAGGGCGAGAGUCGCAAAAUCAGACGGCAACGAACAACCAGUGUCAGCAUCGAUUCGAGUCGCCUGCCAAAAGAGCACAAGCCUUUCUCAGCAAAGGCGCAGCAUGAUUCGCAAACCCGAUCUAUUUCCCCACAGUCUCGAGCCCACCGACGAAGUGCUUCUUCCCAGUUACCUUCUUACACAUCCAACGGUUUUGGCCAGAAAAAGCGGCGGCUACCGCCUCCACUGCAUUCAACCGAAUGGCACUCCGACGAUUCUUCUGCCAGUGGCAGCCCCCACCCUCGCAGCUCCAAACUACGUAGCCUGGCAACGCCCGCCACCGAUACAAAUGCAUCCCCCGCAAGAAUGGCCCCCCAUAAGAAGCACCUCGAUGCGCAUGGUCAAACUUUCCUGGCCCGCGCCUGUGCACGAGGUGAAUAUGAGGGGGCCAAGACACGCCUGACCGAAAGACCCGAGGAUUUAAAUGUUGCUGAUUACGCCGGAAAUACGCCACUCCAAAUUGCAGCCAUUAAUGGCUGCGAAGACAUCGUUAAACUGCUGAUUGAUGCUGGAUGUAAUCUGGACUGUGUCAACUACGACAAGGACACGCCACUGCUGGACGCAGUCGACAACGGCCAUCUAGGUGUAGUCAAGCUUUUACUGGAUGCUGGUGUCAACCCCCGAAAAGCAAACGUCAACGGCGAGGAGCCCAUCGACCGUGUGAGCGAUGACACAGAUAAUGCGGAAGAGAUCCGAGCCGCGCUCAUGGCAGCAAGGAAGCGGGCGGGGGAUCGAAGGCGCACCUCGGAAGAACAGCACUCGCACCAAGAUCAGGAUGUACGCGAUUCUCACGCCCCAGAUAGCCCGCGUCGCUCACCUGCCACGAACUCCGGAUCAGGCCGGAGAACCGGAACAGUGCGCGCAACGAAGACGCGAAACGAUCUACUAUAUAUGCCCCUCGACGAAAAGACACUUCGACAGGCUGCUGGGCGUGGAGACGAAGAAACUGUCGCCCGUAUCUUGCAAGUGAAAGAGGGAUUUAACGACCCCGAAUCCAUGGUUGCUGCAGCGCGAGGUGGACAUGAUUUGGUUAUUCAGCUACUUCUCGGCCUGGGAGGUGCUAACCCUGACCCGCGACCCGUUUACAAUGCUCAACCAGAGUUUGCGACGCCAAUACUCGCCGCGAUCGGACAGGAAAACAUCAAAGUGGUCGAGUUGCUUUUAGAGCAGGCUGGUUUCGAUCCUACUAGGAGAUAUAAAGGCGAAACAUACUACGAAAUUGCACGACAGCGUGCAGGCCCGAACUGGAAGGACGAAGAGCAUAUGUUGAAGAAUGCUUAUGACGAGUACAAGAGAAGUCAUAAGGACUCUGCCAAGACAAAGUCGCCAAGCCGCCGUGAGCGAGACCAAGAUCGUGGUGAUCGUGAAGAACGGGAAGCCAAGCGCGCACGACGGGCUGAAACUAAAGACAAAGACGAAGCUCGACAGCAUAAACGAAACCUCUCCAGUCCCGAACCGAAGAAGAAGUCCGCCACCUCCAAACUCACAAGUCCAAGAGAAAAGCGGAGAUCAAACUCUAUUACGAAUCAAGGAGAUGAAAGCUCAAAGCGUGGCCCAGGGCGACCCCGAAAAGAAGACCGCAUUCCAUCCAUCAAUGUUUCCGAUCGUGAAGUGUCUCCGACCAUGUCUCACAAGCAACUCAAGGCCAAGCAUGUUGACUCGGAUGCCGCUGCUGCAUCCUCAGAGGGCGAAACAGUUAAACCUAGGAGAAAACUUAUUUCUAAAGGCGAGCUCCGUGGAGAACGAGACCGAGAGCGGCAGCGACGCGCUAGUAUGGCAUCGAACGCCUCGUCCCUCAAGGACCACCCGACAAGCCCCCACGAGUCGAAACAUGAGGAACCAGCCGACAAGCAUGACAAACACGACAAGAAUAGGGUUGAGAAACUCUCUGAGAAAUACCAUGACCGAGCCAAGGCUCUCAAAAGAGACGAAUCUCGGGACCGAUUAUCGGUGUCUGGUGACGGAUCGACUAAGAGGCAUCGUGCUAGCAUUACACCUGAUCGGCCAAGUAAUGGCAAUAAGGAUGACAGCGAAGUCCCACCUAAACGGCGGCGUCUUGAAAGCGAAACGAAAGAGAAACGCCCGAAGCAAGCUUUGUCUUCCGAUGAGAGGCCUCGCAAAUCCAGCAAUGUCCAAGAUUCUUCCAAGUUAUUAGCGAAAUCAACUCACAAGAAGCAUGAUGAUGAUAGGCGUGAGAAGCGCGUUAACUCGCAUCGCGCUGAUACCGACCGUGCCAGCAGCGCUGAAAGACAGAUCCAUGUCAAGUCAGAGGAGACUGACGUGGAGAUGAAAGAUGCUGAUUCUAUCAAGGCUGUGUCAGAGUCAGAACUUCAAGCAGCUCGAGCCAAAGAGGCUAGGGAAGCUAAGGAGAUUGAGCAAGAAAAGCAUCGACAAGCUGAAACCGAGGCAGCCAAGAGGGAAGAAUUGCGGAAGAAAGAGGACGCACGCAAGAGAGAAGAAGAACGCAAGCGGGCUGAAGCUGAAGCUGCUCAGCAACACGAAGAAGAAGCCCGAAAGAAAGUAGAGGAGGAAGAGAAGCGUAAGGAGGAGAUAGCGGAGAAGGAGAGAUUACGAAAGGAGGAGGAAGAGCGCGAGGCCGAGCUCAAGCGGAAGGACGAACAAGAACGCCAACGACAAGAAGACGAGAAGCAACGACGCGAAGCUGAGGAAAAGGCCCGGCAGGAGGAGGAAGAGAAACGACGGGUCGAAGUGGAAAAGAAGAAGAAGGAAGAGGAAGAGAAAAGGCAGCGUGAAGAAGCGGAGAGGUUGCAUCGCGAACAACUCGAGCGAGAGGCAGCUGAAGAAGCUCGACGACAACGCGAGGAAGAGGAGCGGAAAGAACGUGAGCGGCGAGAACGUGCGCACCGCGAGGAUCAAGAACGAAAACGCGCCGCGCGCGAAGCCGAACAACGACGAUUACGCGAAGAGCAGGAACGCAUGCGGCUCAACAAACUACCCCCUCUUCUACGAUGGUUUGAUACAUGUCCAAACCCUAAGCUCCCAGUCCUUGCAGAGAAGUUCAAGCGCAUUCAAGGCUGCCGAUACGAUACAAUCCGAAGAGAAGCCAACGGUACGCCCGAAGGCCGUGAGCAGUGGGUGCUGAACACUCAUGUGGCUCUUCUCCUCGGUGAGAAGGACCUAGACCUCUCCAGAUAUACGGCCUGGGAACGCGCCCCUGUCAGUCAACUAGCCAAGAUGUCCCUUUGGCGUGUAGAGUGGCGCCUCUACUCCCUCAUCGACGAGAAAGUCUGGGAUCUUGGUCGGCAGCUGUCCGGAUACUACGGCGAAGAGGAUCCCUCUGAGCUGUGUUUUGAUACGAAGCAGCGAUUACGGGAAGAGGCUUGGGAGAAGUUCCGCAGCAUGGACAUGUUUUUCGUCAAGUUGUCUGAUCUCAUGUAUACCGUUCCCAACAUUCCACAUCUUCGCAAUGCCCAGCUUGCGGUUGAGUACCGUGAACUCUUGGAGUCAGAAGCACAAAGCAUGCAAUGGGGUACAUGUCAAAAAUGGAAGCAAGAUCCAGAUGCUGCUCGUUAUCAUGGGCUUGCUCCUCGAUGCAAGUACUAUCUCAACGGAGCGCUGGUCGACGAGGAUAUGCCGCAGCUAGCACAGACGAGCAGCACUCCAUUCCCCGAUAAGAAAGUACCUCGACGCGGGUUGGUGCAAGUGUUUCCAGAUGACCCAGACUAUGCUCGACUCUGUUCGGAACAGGGCCUGGAGCAUCUCGUCAAUGGCCAUCUCAGCCCGCCCCUCAUCAACGGCAUUCAUUCUUCGCCAAUCAGUCAGAAAUCAAUGGUGUCAGGCGGACCGCUUAACGGCACAUUUAAAGCCUUGACGCCUGGCUCGACAACCGAGAGCCUGCCAGUGUCGAUGGCAGGACACGAUACCCUCACAAAUGGUAUUAACGGAAACAUGAAUGGGACCUCGCACUGA